GACGAUGGUGCAUUUGAAGAAGUGCCGAAUCUAAAGUAUCUUAAUCUAUAUAAUAUUCCGCUCAUCUGCGACUGCCAGCUGCAAUGGCUCAUUAAGGACAGUCGGUUUAAGGACAACAGUCGGUUCAUGAAUGAAAACCCCGACCCCGUGUGUAGUGAGCCCGAACACCUGAAAGGACGUUACAUAUGGAACGUCACCCAAGCGGAUCUCAGCUGCGACACGCAUGCAAAUGAUACCAACGAAUGUGCAACUGCGCCGUGUAAGAACGGCGCCACAUGCACGAAUCUUCAGAACACGUACUCGUGCACAUGCUCACCGGGCUGGCAAGGAAACAACUGUGAUCAGGAUAUCAACGAAUGCGUACCCGCUCCGUGUAAGAACGGCGCCACGUGCAAUAAUCUUCAAAACGCGUACUCAUGCACAUGUUCACCUGGCUGGCAAGGCAACAACUGUGAUCAGGAUACCAACGAAUGUGCAACUGCGCCGUGUAAGAACGGCGCCACAUGCACGAAUCUUCAGAACAUGUACUCGUGCACAUGCUCACCGGGCUGGCAAGGAAACAACUGUGAUCAGGAUAUCAACGAAUGCGCACCCGCUCCGUGUAAGAACGGCGCCACGUGCAAUAAUCUUCAAAACGCGUACUCAUGCACAUGUUCACCUGGCUGGCAAGGCAACAACUGUGAUCAGGAGGCGUCCAAAUCUCAAGCGUCGAGUCCACAAUCAACUCCCCCAUCGACCACGGAAUCGUUGACAUUUGUGUACAUCGGCAUUUGGCUCGGCGUCUUUGUGUCGGUUGUCAACAGCGUAGCGGUUAUUGUCAUCAUUAUUCAGAAGUAA